GGCGGCCGGGGGCGGGGCGGUAGGAGCAGCGCUCCGAAGCGGGAGGGAGAUCCGCCGCGGAGUUACGGGAAAGUUGGUCCGAGUUCCCAGAGUUUCCCUCUGUGGUUCCUUAGGCUCGGCCAGCCGGUGCCCGGUCUCCUUUCCUCCUUUCGGCCUUCGCAGUCCACCAGGUCCCUCUCUCUGCCCCCGGCCGCCAUGGAGCAGCCGCCGGCGCCUAAGAGUAAACUAAAAAAGCUGAGUGAAGACAGUUUGACUAAACAGCCUGAAGAAGUUUUUGAUGUAUUAGAGAAGCUUGGAGAAGGGUCUUAUGGAAGUGUAUUUAAAGCAAUACACAAGGAAUCUGGUCAAGUUGUCGCAAUUAAACAAGUGCCUGUUGAAUCAGAUCUUCAGGAAAUAAUCAAAGAAAUUUCCAUAAUGCAGCAGUGUGACAGCCCAUAUGUUGUAAAGUACUAUGGCAGUUAUUUUAAGAAUACAGACCUCUGGAUUGUUAUGGAGUACUGUGGCGCUGGCUCUGUCUCAGACAUAAUUAGAUUACGAAACAAGACAUUAACAGAAGAUGAAAUUGCAACCAUUCUUAAAUCUACAUUGAAAGGACUAGAAUAUUUGCAUUUUAUGAGAAAAAUACACAGAGAUAUAAAAGCUGGAAAUAUUCUCCUCAAUACAGAAGGACAUGCAAAAUUGGCAGAUUUUGGAGUGGCUGGUCAGUUAACAGAUACAAUGGCAAAACGCAAUACUGUAAUAGGAACUCCAUUUUGGAUGGCUCCUGAGGUGAUUCAAGAAAUAGGCUAUAACUGUGUGGCCGACAUCUGGUCCCUCGGCAUUACUUCCAUAGAAAUGGCUGAAGGAAAACCUCCUUAUGCUGAUAUACAUCCAAUGAGGGCUAUUUUUAUGAUUCCCACAAAUCCACCACCAACAUUCAGAAAGCCAGAACUUUGGUCCGAUGAUUUCACUGAUUUUGUUAAAAAGUGUUUGGUGAAGAAUCCUGAGCAGAGAGCUACUGCAACACAACUUUUACAGCAUCCUUUUAUCAAGAAUGCAAAACCUGUAUCAAUAUUAAGAGACCUGAUCACAGAAGCUAUGGAGAUCAAAGCUAAAAGACAUGAGGAACAGCAACGAGAACUGGAAGAGGAAGAAGAAAAUUCGGAUGAAGAUGAGCUGGAUUCCCACACCAUGGUGAAGACUAGUGUGGAGAGUGUGGGCACCAUGCGGGCCACAAGCACGAUGAGUGAAGGGGCCCAGACCAUGAUUGAACAUAAUAGCACCAUGUUGGAAUCCGACUUGGGGACCAUGGUGAUAAACAGUGAGGAUGAGGAAGAAGAAGAUGGAACUAUGAAAAGAAAUGCAACCUCACCACAAGUACAAAGACCAUCUUUCAUGGACUACUUUGAUAAGCAAGACUUCAAGAAUAAGAGUCACGAAAACUGUAAUCAGAACAUGCAUGAACCCUUCCCUUUGUCCAAAAACGUUUUUCCUGAUAACUGGAAAGUUCCUCAAGAUGGAGACUUUGACUUUGUCUCAUUCUUGUAGAGAGAGGAGGAAGGACAAGAGAGGCAGAGGUCAUCAUCUGAACGAACGUGGUUAUCUGAAGGUAGUGGGUCUCACUCGGGCAUAAUCUGGUUCUAACUGCUACAAAAUGUCUCUGACAAUGUGAUGUUCAUGUGGUUGGAAUAUGUGGUUUUCUUGGGAUGAUAGCUUUAUCUUGGCUCCCUUUAUCACUGAGCUCUUCCUCAGAAAUGGGUAGCUAUAUCUCCUCUCUGUUCCGUAAGUUCAAACUCCUCCCCCUCUCUAGGUAGGGCAUUAAUGUGUUUGAUCAGCAGCCCUUGCUUCUUCCCCAGCCUCUGGUUCUCUCACAUGAGCCAUGGGAGUCAGUGGUGUUCUUUCUAGGAUCUCAGGGAAUUAGUGGGUAGAUAGGGGAAAUGUGAGAGGUACUCUUUACUUCUCCCUCGCCCCCCAGGUAUACUAUUUCUGUGGCCCUAUUAGGUCUGCUGCUGCAGGCUGCUCUACCAAGCCUCCCAUCUUCAGAAAUCUCUAGAUAAGAAGUAGACAAGUUUCUAGGCCAAUAUAUUUUUCCCUACUUCUAGGGACAUAUGCCAGGUCAUCUAUGAACACUUCACCAGGCUAAAUUCUACUCCACUGACAGCACCAGAGCAGGUUUGAAGGUUCUUUAUUCAGUAUUCAGUCAAGCUGGAAAGUGAGAUGUCAGUCUCUUCUUCUUGCAGGAAACCACAACGUGUCUUUGAUGGAAUAUCUUGAUACUGUGCAACGUGGCUUGAGUGAGGAAGCUGCUAUGACAAAAACUGCCCCCCAGUGCUCCUGAUGUACCCUUGCCCUCUUAUGUAGGCUGGGUGAUGAUUUGGGAGUGGUGGGGCUCAUUCAACCUCUGAGUAAACUCAAGGUCAGCGAUUUGGCCCCAUUUGGUUGGUGGCCGUCUUCAAGAUAGGUGGUGCUUGUACAUUAUUUUUGUCUUUGUUGUGAGCCUUAGUCUCACAAUUCAGGGGACAGUUAAAAACUUUCAGUCAGCAUUCUUCUGUAAAAAUAAACAUUACUGACGUGACUGACAUUUUAGAGCAUUUCAUGUUUCUUUCUCUACAGAAAUAUUUUAGUUUAUUUGUUCCUUCAUUCAUCAUUUAUUCAGUAAACAUUUUUUUGUGACAGCCUUGUUGCAUGCCAAGCACUAGGCACUGCCAACUUAAGCAAAUUGCUGCUCUGGAGGAGCAUUUAGGUAUAGACAUAUGAACACUUAAUUAUUUUACCCGUAGAUAAAUUGGCCAGACACCACUGAUCUGGAAAAUCAGGUUGUAGUGAAAAUAACCAGACUUAGAAAUAAAACCAUGAAAGUGAAAAUAUGAAAUUUUAAUAUAAGUUAUUUUUUAUUGAACAGCAAUGUCUAACAUUCAGAAUUCAUACUAUCUAAGGUUACAGAAUUUCCGGUUGCCCUGGGUACAUAGGAUCAUGUAAUCACAUGGACCAGACUAAGAAUUCUUAUAGAUCAUUUACUUAAAGAUUUAAAGUUUCUUCAAGGAAGAAAUUUAAGACAAUAAUGUCUAUUUUUACCAACUUUUGGUAAGAAAUUUUUAGCUUCAUACUAAUAUUUUAUUAAGUGGAUACUGCUCACAUGUGGCACAUAUUGUUUAUAUGUUUAGUUCUUUGUGUCAUCUAAAAUUCUAAAAUGAGACUUCUUCAAAAGUUAUAACUAUCUUGUGUCUCCAAAGUAGUAUUUUAUACUUUGUCUAUUUGCCUUAUACAAGUUGAGUCUAAGGCUUAACUGUGAAACAGAAUUCAUGCUAAGGAACUUAGAACAAUUCAGACCAAUCAAUUACUAGAGUCUCUAUUUAUUGUUUUAUUGUUCUGAAAGUAAAAAACAAAUUAUAUCUAGAUUACAAGCUAAAGGUUGUUUUAAAACAUUAUGCAAGUGGGAUUUUUUUCACUUCAGUUUCUGUUUCGUAACUAAAACAUUAAAACAGUACCACUGGCAACAAUUUAAUGCAUAACCUCUAACUUAAAUGAAUAUUUCUUUAAAGUUACCUUCAUUUUGUAAUUUAAGGAAAACCUGUUUUAUAUUAAUAUUUAAAACAAGCAUUGAAAAAUAAAACCAGUUUCUGAGAAUAGGGGAAGUAUUUUUAAAACACUUGAGCUUCUCUCUUCAGGUUCUAUGUUCUGUGUUCAGAUUGGUAAUAUAUUUCCAGGAGAAAGUGGAUGGUAUUUAUACACCCAUAUAUUUCCAUAAGUCAUUUUUAGGCAACUGAUUUUAAUUCAUGAUAAAUUAUAAAAUGAAUUAGUAACAAUAUAAGAGAAGGCAUUCAGGAAACAUACCAGUUCAUACUCAAUUUCAUAUUGAUGUACUUAAUAUAUUUAGCUUCUUGUAUUUAGGAUAA